AUGUCUUCACAGCUCAAGGGAAAGCAUAUCGUCGUCAUCGGGGCUGGCGUCAUAGGUCUGCAGACGGCAAUUACACUGCUUGAAGCUGGCGCUGCUGUCACCAUCAUUGCAAAGCAUGUUCCCGGCGAUAAGGCAAAAGAUUAUACUUCACCGUGGGCUGGGGCGCAAUGGAGAACUCACGCAACAGCGGAAGACAAGGAGAUUCAACAAUGGGACAUAGAAAGCUACAACAUCUGGCUCGACAUGGUCGAGAAGGAAAAGAGCCAAGCAUCCUUCGCAACUAAAUCCGGUCUGGAGAAAUUCCACAGCAUCUUCUACUGGACCGCGCCAGACGUCGAAAUCGCCUCAGGCCCCCGCAGCGCGUGGUGGGCGCCCUACAUGCGCAACUUCCGCGAACUGCCCGCCUCGGAGCUGCCGCCCGGCGUGCACGCCGGCGCCACCUACGACGCCGUCACCAUCGACACGGGCGUCUACCUCCCCUUCCUACUCACUCGUGCGCGCGCCCUCGGCGCCACCCUCAUCGAGGCCGCCCUGCCCACCACCAACGGCCUAUCCGGCGCGCUCAGCACCGCCCGCAACCUGCUCCCGGCGUACGGCGUCGGCACUCCCGUCGACGCCUUCGUCAACGCCAGCGGCAUCCUCGCCAAGGACCUCGUGCCGGACGCCGAUGUCCACCCCAUCCGCGGACAGACGGUGCUGGUGCGCGGAUUGCCUGCGGCAUUGACGACGUGCUGGCGGCCCGACGGCCUCAGCUACGUUAUUCCUCGCGCUACGAGCGGUACGACCGUGCUCGGCGGCACCAAGCAGGUUGGCGACUGGCGCGAGCUGCCCGACGUCGAGACGACGCGGGAUAUCUUGGAGCGGUGCAAGGGGUUCGCGCCGGAGUUGUUGGAUGCGGAGGGCAGGUUCGAGGUGUUGAGCGUCAAUGUGGGGUUCAGGCCGGGCAGGGUGGGUGGGCCGAGGGUGGAGGUUGAGGAGGUGAGGGUCGAUGGUGGUGCGGCGGUGCCGUGUUGUCAUGAGUAUGGGCAUGCGGGUGCGGGUUAUCAGAAUUCGUUUGGGAGUGCGAAGAAGGUGGUUGGAUUGUUGGAGGGGUAUUUUGAGAAGAAGAAGAGUGGGAAGGCGAAGUUGUGA